CUCCGCCCCUGGUAGAUUUCCUUUCCCUGAUUAUUCUCUCUCUCUCUUUGGAUCUGCCAUGGAAAUGUCUCUCCUAAACCUCUAAACAACGAACCUCCCCGAUUCGAAAUUUAAAGGCUCUCAACAAACAGGAAGCAGAAGAAGAAGAUGAAAGUGCCGUGCUGCUCCGUCUGCCAGAGCCGCUACGAUGAGGAGGAGCGAGUCCCUCUGCUGCUCCAGUGCGGCCACGGCUUCUGUAAAGACUGCCUCUCCAAAAUGUUCUCCGCCUGUCCGGAUACUACUCUUGUCUGCCCCAGGUGCCGCCACCUCUCCCUCGUCGGCAACUCCGUCGCCGCGCUCCGCAAGAAUUUCGCCGUGCUCGCUCUGAUCCACUCCACCACCUCUAACGGCGUCGUCUCGACUUCCGCUGCGGAUUUCGAUUGCGAUUACACGGAUGAUGAGGACGGGAACGAGGAGGAUGAGAAUGACGAGGCGUCGCGGCGCCGCCGAUCCCAGGCCUCCAGCUCCGGCGGCUGCGGGCCGGUGAUUGAGGUGGCGGUGCAUCCGGAGCUGAGGUUUUUGAGGAGGAUAGGGGAGGAGAGGGGGGCUGGGGUGGAAAUGUGGACGGCUGUGAUCGGAGGGAGCGGGGGGAGGUGCCGGCACCGUGUGGCGGUGAAGAAGGUGGCCGUGGUGGCGGAGGAGACGAGUAUGGAGUGGGUGAUGGGGCAGCUAGAGAAUUUGCGGCGGGCGUCGAUGUGGUGUAGGAAUGUUUGUACAUUUCAUGGGGCCGUGAAGAAUGAAGGCACCUUGUGCCUUGUGAUGGACAAGUGCUAUGGCUCUGUUCAAUCCGAGAUGGAGCGCAAUGAGGGCAGACUCACUUUGGAGCAAAUCUUAAGAUAUGGUGCUGACAUUGCACGAGGAGUAGCUGAACUCCAUGCUGCAGGUGUUGUUUGUAUGAAUUUAAAGCCAUCCAAUUUACUUUUGGAUGCAAAUGGUCAUGCGGUGGUUUCUGAUUAUGGAGUUGCUGCAAUUCUUAAAAAACCUUCCUGCCGGAAAACUCGAUCAGAAAUUGAUACCUCAAGGGUCCAUUCGUGUAUGGAGUGUACAAUGCUAAGUCCUCACUAUGCAGCUCCAGAGGCAUGGGAACCGGUGAAGAAGUCACUGAAUCCAUUCUGGGAUGAAGCUAUUGGUAUCUCUGCAGAGUCAGAUGCCUGGAGUUUUGGUUGUACAUUGGUAGAAAUGUGCACUGGUUCCAUCCCAUGGGUUGGUUUGAGCACUGAGGAAAUUUACAAGGCAGUGGUCAAGGCUCGAAAACUGCCUCCACAAUAUGCAAGUGUAGUGGGUGUUGGAAUACCUAGGGAAUUAUGGAAAAUGAUUGGUGAGUGCCUGUAUUAUAAGGCAUCAAGAAGACCAUCCUUUAAUUUAAUGCUAGCAACUUUCCUCCGCCAUUUGCAGGAGAUACCGCGGAGCCCUCCUGCUAGUCCUGAUAAUGGGGACAGAGCUAAAAGUUCGGGAUCCAAUGUGAAGGAACCAUCGGCUGUAUCCUAUUCAAAAGUAUUUCAGGGUAAUCCCGCCCUUCUGCAUAGACUUGUGUCCGAAGGGGAUGUAUAUGGUGUUAGAGAUUUGCUUGGAAAGGCUGCAGCAGGAAGUGACAACAGUGUAAUAUCCUCUCUAUUACAAGCUCAAAAUGCUGAUGGCCAAACUGCUCUUCAUUUGGCCUGCAGACGCGGUAGUGCAGAACUUGUCGAUGCUAUUUUGGAGCAUAGAGAGGCAAAUGUAGAUGUGUUGGACAAAGAUGGGGAUCCUCCACUUGUUUUCGCUUUAGUAGCUGGAUCCCCAGAGUGUGUUCAUGUUCUCAUUAAAAGAGGUGCUAAUGUUAGAUCUCGGUUGCGGGAGGGCUUUGGUCCCUCAGUUGCUCAUGUUUGUGCAUAUCAUGGCCAGCCUGAUUGUAUGCGUGAGUUACUAAUGGCUGGAGCUGAUCCUAAUGCGGUGGAUGAGGAAGGGGAAUCUGUACUCCAUAGAGCUAUUACCAAGAAGUAUACAGAUUGUGCACUUGUGGUUUUGGAAAAUGGGGGCUGUAGGUCAAUGACUGUCCUAAAUUCAGAAAAAAUGACGCCGUUGCACUUGUGUGUGCAAACAUGGAAUGUUGCUGUUGUAAGAAGAUGGGUGGAAGUUGCAACACCAGAAGAGAUUUCCUAUGCAAUUGAUAUCCCAAGUUCAGUUGGCACUGCGCUGUGUAUGGCAGCUGUUCUGAAGAAAGAUCAUGAAAUUGAAGGAAGAGAAUUGGUGCGUAUUUUGCUUGCUUCUGGGGCAGAUCCAACUGCACAGGAUGCCCAGCACGGACGUACAGCUUUGCAUACAGCUUCAAUGGCCAAUGACGUUGAGUUGGUGAAGAUUAUACUUGAUGCUGGAGUUGAUGUGAACAUUCGAAAUGCACAAAAUACAAUUCCUCUUCAUGUAGCACUGGCCAGAGGGGCAAAGUCAUGUGUUAGGCUGCUUCUAUCUGCUGGAGCAAAUUAUAAUUUACAGGAUGAUGAAGGUGACAAUGCUUUUCAUAUAGCAGCAGAUGCAGCAAAAAUGAUACGUGAAAAUCUUGAAUGGCUUAUUGUCAUGCUUAAAAAUCCUGAUGCUUCUGUUGAAGCCAGAAAUCACAGUGGCAAGACGUUGCGUGACUUUUUGGAAGCCCUUCCCCGGGAAUGGGUUUCUGAAGACCUGAUGGAUGCUCUUGUUAAUAGGGGAGUGUAUCUGUCUCCUACAAUAUUUGAUGUGGGGGAUUGGAUCCAAUUUAAAAGAAGUAUCACAAAUCCGACAUAUGGAUGGCAAGGUGCAAAGCAUAGAAGUGUUGGCUUUGUGCAAAGUAUCCCAGAUAAGGACAAUUUGAUAGUAUCAUUUUGUUCUGGGGAGGCUCAUGAGGCCCGUGUCUUAGCAAAUGAAGUUGUAAAAGUUAUUCCCUUGGAUAGGGGACAGCAUGUCCAACUUAAACCUGAUGUUAAAGAGCCAAGGUUUGGGUGGCGUGGACAAUCACGUGAUAGUAUAGGUACUGUAUUAUGUGUUGAUGAUGAUGGUAUCCUACGUGUUGGGUUUCCUGGAGCCUCCAGAGGAUGGAAAGCUGAUCCUGCCGAAAUGGAGAGGGUUGAAGAAUUCAAGGUUGGGGACUGGGUUCGUAUACGCCCGACUCUUACAACAGCGAAGCAUGGAUUAGGAUCUGUGACACCUGGGAGCAUUGGAAUUGUGUAUUGUAUAAGACCAGAUAGUAGUCUGUUGCUAGAGUUGAGUUAUCUUCCAAAUCCAUGGCAUUGUGAACCAGAGGAGGUUGAGCCUGUAAUCCCGUUCAGAAUUGGUGACAGGGUGUGUGUGAAGCGAUCUGUUGCAGAACCUAGGUAUGCAUGGGGUGGUGAGACCCACCAUAGUGUUGGAAGAAUUAGUGAGAUAGAGAAUGAUGGCCUCCUGGUUAUUGAAAUUCCAAACAGACCAAUAUCAUGGCAGGCUGAUCCUUCUGACAUGGAGAAGUUGGAAGAUUUCAAGGUAGGAGAUUGGGUUAGAGUCAAAGCUUCUGUACCCUCCCCAAAAUACGGAUGGGAGGAUAUUACAAGGAAUAGUAUUGGGAUAAUCCAUAGCUUGGAGGAAGAUGGUGAUAUGGGUGUUGCAUAUUGCUUCAGGAGCAAGCCUUUUUCAUGUUCUGUCACAGAUGUAGAAAAGCUACCCCCUUUUGAGGUGGGACAAGAAAUUCAUAUUCUGUCAUCUGUCACUCAGCCACGACUUGGAUGGUCAAAUGAAAGUCCUGCAACUGUUGGAAAAAUAAACAGAAUUGACAUGGAUGGAGCUUUAAAUGUAAGGGUGCCUGGCAGACAGACCUUGUGGAAAGUUUCUCCAGGAGAUGCUGAACGACUGUCUGGAUUUGAAGUUGGUGACUGGGUACGAUCAAAACCAAGCCUCGGGGCACGGCCAAGUUAUGACUGGAACAGUGUUGGAAAAGAAAGUUUAGCUGUUGUGCACAGUGUACAAGACACGGGUUAUCUUGAGUUGGCUUGCUGUUUUCGUAAAGGCAGGUGGAUAACUCAUUACACAGAUGUUGAAAAGGUUGCAUCCUUCAAAGUUGGCCAAUAUGUUCGGUUUCGUGCUGGUUUAGUUGAACCAAGAUGGGGAUGGAGAGGGGCUCAACCUGACUCUCAAGGAAUCAUAACUAGUAUUCAUGCUGAUGGAGAAGUGAGAGUGGCUUUUUCUGGUUUGCCGGGGUUGUGGAGAGGCGAUCCUGCUGAUUUUGAGAUUGAGCAGAUUUUCGAAGUUGGAGAGUGGGUGAGGUUAGAAGAUAAUGCAAAUAUGUGGAAAUCCGUUGGGCUAGGGAGUGUUGGGGUGGUGCAAGGAUUAGGAUAUGAGGGAGAUAAAUGGGAUGGAACGACUUUUGUUGGAUUCUGCGGGGAGCAAGAGAGGUGGAUUGGGCCUACUUCUGAUCUUGCAAGGGCAAACAGGCUCUUGGUUGGCCAGAAGGUUAGGGUUAAAUUAUCUGUCAAGCAACCUCGAUUUGGGUGGUCAGGCCACAGUCAUGCCAGUGUUGGAACUAUAGCUGGGAUUGAUGCUGAUGGAAAGCUGAGAAUCUACACUCCAACAGGUUCAAAAUCUUGGAUGUUGGAUCCAACAGAAGUGCAACUUGUGGAAGAAGAGGAUCUUCAUAUUGGAGACUGGGUUAGGGUUAAAUCAUCAGUAUCAACCCCAACCCACCAAUGGGGAGAGGUGAAUCGUUCCAGCUUUGGGGUUGUGCAUCGAAUGGAAAACGAGGACCUUUGGGUGGCAUUUUGCUUCAUGGAGAGGUUGUGGCUUUGCAAGGCAUCAGAAAUGGAACGGGUUAGGCCCUUCAGAAUGGGCGACAAAGUGAGGAUUAGAGAAGGGUUGGUGUCCCCACGGUGGGGUUGGGGAAUGGAGACGUAUGCCAGCAAAGGAGAGGUAGUUGGGGUGGAUGCAAAUGGAAAGUUGAGAAUUAAGUUCAGGUGGAGAGAAGGGAGACCGUGGAUUGGAGAUCCUGCUGAUGUUGCUCUUGAUGAAAACACAUGACCAAACUUCCCAACUCGUCUUCCUUUUAACCUGCUUCUCUGCAUUCUUGGCCUUUGGCUGGCUCGACAUGUGCAGACCAGUCGGAAGCUAUUGUUGCUCCACUGUGAGUCCGAUCUGGCUUGGUACGUAUACCUUUGUUGUAAUGAGGCUUUGAAGCGACGAUAUAUUGGUUGUUAAUACAGGAGAGGACAAGAGAUGGAUAGAUAGAAGCCAUGAGAUAUUUAUUUACAGGAACACGGGGGAGGCGAAGAGAGAAGUCGUAUUUUGCCAUUUGUGUUGUGCAGUUGACAAGCUUUAGAGGUAUAUAUAAAUAUAUGGUUAUCUAUAUUGCUGUACAAAUUGAACCUUUGAUAUUGUUAGUACAAUUUUUUAGGUAUUCCAUAGUAGAAAGGGAGCACUUUAAUUUUAUCUAUAUUUAUGAGGUUCUAUUUGUGACGGAGUACAGUAGUUUUUAUUAGAAGUUAAAAAUGUAUUUCUAUUAAACUGCAACAAAUUUUUCGAGUUGGGGGAAUGUCAUAUAUUUUGGAUAUAGAUUUGGUCAUG